AUGGCAAUCGACUACAAAUUUCUGACUCCGGAGCAACGUGCUCAUUUCCUGGAAAACGGAUGGGUCAGGAUCACCAAGGCCGUACCAGAGAAUAUCAUCCGUCGAUUCACUGAGAAUGUCUGGGUCAGACUCGGGUACGAUCCCAAUGACACGACCACUUGGCAGAAAGAGAAGAUCCAUAUGCCCAGGCACCGUGAGAUACCCACCAGAGACUUCAUGCCGAGGGCGUGGGGCGCGAUGUGCGAGCUCCUCGGGGGAGAGGACCGCAUCGAUCCUACCCUCUUUGAAAGUUGCGGGGACAGUCUGAUCGUCAACCUGGGAUCUGAGGAAUGGACUAAACGCAAUAUUAAUCCGAAAGACCUCGGAAAUUGGCACAUAGACGGCGAUUGGUUCACCCAUUUCCUCGAUUCGGGCGAGCAGGGGCUUACGGUGAUCGUGUUGUACAAUGACAUAAAGCCCCGCGGCGGCGGUACAUACAUUGCACCCGAUGGCAUCAAGAAUGUGGUAGAAUGGCUCCACGAACAUGCCGAGGGUGCAGAGUCCCUUGCACAGGACCCCGAUGGCAGUCGAUCAGUCUGCUCAAUCCAGCAGUGCAAGGAUUUCGUGGAAUUAACGGGCGAUGCGGGAGAUGUCAUCCUACUCCACCCUUUCAUGCCUCAUUCGGCGUCCAAGAACCAUCUGCGGAUCCCUCGGUUCAUCACCAAUCCCCCAGUGACUCUUAAGCAACCUCUGAAUCUCAAUCGCGCAGACCCUACAGACUAUUCACUUGUCGAGUUGAAGAUAUUGCAAACUCUCGGUGUCGACUCUCUACCGGAUUGGAAGAUCACGAGAGAUCGCAAACGCUUCACACCGCGAACUCGCGCUGGCAAGGACACGAUGAUCAUUGAAGAAGUAGAAAGGAUGAAGGCGCAUGCAUUGAGGACGGGUGGUAUUGUCGACAGCAUGCAUAUCAACGGUCCUGUCCCGUACCAGGUAGUGGUCAAAUGA